AUGUCGUCCACCGAUUCCAAACGCCAAAAUGAAAAGGUGCGUGGCUUUCCCUUCAACUUGGUCGGCAUUGUAGGCGCUGGUUCCAUGGGCAGCAUGAUGGCUCUCGGACUUUCGGAAACUGGCGUGGACAUCGCGAUCUGGGAUAUCUCGCCCAACAAUGUAAAGCAAGCGCUUUCCAAGAAGGCAAAUACAGAGUCAAGUGCAGAGGCAAGCACAAGGAAUGGCGAGGUCUAUGGAUUCACGGAGAUAUCGGACUUCGCAGAGUCCCUUUCAAAGGAGCCAAACAAAGUCUUGAUAUUCUCAAUUACGCAUGGCCAACCUGCAGACCAAGUCUUGGACCAGUUGGAAAAGUAUUUGAAACCAGGGGAUAUUAUUCUCGAUGGCGGAAAUGAACAUUACCGCAACACGGAACGACGACAACGGGCAUUGUUUCAGAGAGGCGUCUCUUGGAUUGGAAUGGGGGUAUCCGGAGGUUAUCAGUCUGCCAGGAAGGGACCGAGUCUAUCUCCAGGGGGAGACCAGAAAGCAAUCGACAAAGUCCUUCCUCUUCUGAAGCAAUUUGCCGCAAAAGCAGAGACGCUGGGCCACGUUGGGGGAGCGCCAUGCAUAGAGUACAUCGGACCUCAUGGCUCGGGCCAUUUUGUGAAGAUGCUGCACAAUGGGAUUGAAAACGGAAUGCUCUCGUCUCUCUGCGAGGCCUGGGGAAUGAUGAAGAGCGGUUUGGACAUGACGUAUGAGGACAUUGGAAACGCCCUUGACCAGUGGGACCGAAAAGGGGAGCUCAGGUCAAACUUUUUGCUGCAAAUAGGGUCCGAGAUCUGCCACAGGAAAAAGACGCUAGACGGCGAUGGGCACGGCGAAGGCAAGGGACGAGAGGGGUAUGUGCUGGACGACGUCUUGGACAAGGUGGUCCAGGACGACGACAACAGUGAGGGCACCGGCUUCUGGUCCGUCAUGGAGGCUGCUGCACGACAUGUGGCUGCGCCGACCAUUGCGGCAGGCCAGUUCUUUCGAGUGGCCAGUGGGAAUAGAGCAGAACGCUUGGAGGUUGCAAAGCCGCUACAAACUCCUACGCCUUCCAAAGCCAAUUCUGACAUCAUACAAAACCGGGACGAUUGCGUGGAAGAUAUCCGCCGAGCAGUCUACGCAUCGUUUUUGUGUGCGUUCUGUCAGGGUUUGGAGAUCAUUAGUAGGGCAUCCCACGACGAAGGCUGGGACGUGAGCCUUUCUACUUGCAUUCGCAUCUGGCGCGGUGGUUGCAUCAUACAGUCAAACCAUAUUGCCGACAUUCUCGAGGCAGAUCUUGGGGCUACAGAUGAAAAGGCCGUGAUGAACGUGAAGCUUCUCAAACAAGUUUCCGCAGCCUUACGCGACAACUACGGGCCGCUGAAACGCACCGUUGCCAGAGCCACAGAAUGGAACGCCCACAUACCAAGCUUGUCGGCCUCUCUGGAAUAUAUCAAGUACUGUGGAGGGACAUCGCUCCCCACUCGAUUCAUGGAAGCUCAGAUGGAUUUCUUUGGGGCACACGCCUUUGAUCGCCCUGGUGUGAAGGACGAAGAUCCCGGAAAGCCGAGUAAGGGCGCAUGCCAUUAUGAAUGGAGACCAGCUUGA